AUCUUCCCCUUACAACGACAGGGCACGACUCGAUCCUUGUCAUGGUCGAUUCCCUCAGCAAGAUGGCUCACUUCGUUCCUGCAAAGAAAUCUUUCACAGCAGCAGACACCGUGGAGCUCCUCGCAGACCGCCUUAUCCGCUGCCAUGGAUUUCCAGAGGCGCUUAUAUCGGACCGAGACCCCCGUUUCCAGUCGGAUCUUUCCUUAGUCGAGACGGCGGCGUUUAACAUCAAACGGUGCAUGUCCUCGUCCUAG